AUGCCCCUCCGCAACCUCCAGUAUCCCAAACACCCCUACAACACAGUCAAGCGCUACAAAGACCGCGCUGACUACUCCCUUAGCACAAUCCACUCCAUCUUCAACACCUCACCCCUUCUGCAUAUCUCCUUUGUCGACCCCAACUCCGACGUCCCCUUCCCUUCCUCCCUCCCCAUGAUCGGCCGCCUCGGCUCCUUCACCAACCCCUCUGCCGACCUCGGCGAAGUGCUUGACCUCUACCUGCACGCAUAUGUCUCGUCUCGUCUCGUCAACCUCGUUCGAGAGGCCAGCAAUUCCCCCGAGAGCAAAGGCUUCCCGGUGACGGUGUCGACGGCACAUGUGGACGGGAUUGUGUUGGCACUGACGCCAAAUGCGCAUAGCUACAACUACCGCAGCGCCACCGUCUUCGGCUACGCGACGCUGGUCACGGACGUCGAAGAAAAACUGUACGCGAUGCAGCUGAUUACGGAUGGGGUUGUCCCGGGGAGAUGGGAGAACACGCGGGUGCCGCCUAAUAAGGGGGAGAUGGCUAGCACGGCGGUGGUGAGGGUGAAGAUUGUGAGCGGGAGCGGGAAGGUUAGAAGUGGGGGGUGUCAUGAUGAUAGGGGAGAUUUAGAGAGCGAGGAGGUGACAGGAAGGGUGUGGGCGGGGGUUGUGCCGGUUUGGACGAUGUAUGGGGAACCGGUGCCUGCGGGUUAUAAUCGAGUUGCGGAGGUGCCGGCGUAUUUGGAAGAAUGGAGGAAAGAGGGGAAUAGAGGGAGGGAGGAGUUAGCCAAGGAGGCGAUGAAGGAGUAA